AGUUACCCGGGCAACCUGGCGACACCGCCGCUCGGGAUCGUUCAGGACGGCGUUUUCACGGUGGAAGCCAAAAGCCCGGGGAAGCCUGGGGAGCCGCCCGGCCUGCCCGCCCCUAGCCCGGGCAGCCCACAGGCACCCUCCCGCCGGGGCCGGCACCGUCCCCGUCCACCUCCGGCAGCCCCAGGGCGGGCUGCGGCGUGAGGCGGCAACGCAAGCGCGGGGAGCGGAGCAGGGAACUACUCUUAGAAGAACUAUUGCUACAAUUGACAACGUGUCUGACAAAACAGAGGACCAGGUUUACAAAGUGAGAGAGACCAACUGCAGAAUAUGUCUGCCUCGGAAGUGAUGCCUGUAUAUGAAGACUUGAGAAAGAUGAUAUAAGAAAUCAAAGGCAUCUUGGGAAGCUGGGAAAAUGCGUGUUUUGUUAACACUUUGAUUACAAGAAGUUAAGUGGCUUGUCAAGUUGGCUUGGAAAAAAAAAAAAAGGCAACAAAACAACCCAGCAGAUGAAGAUGUUUCACAUUGUUCAGUACCGGCCUUUAAGGCAAAUAGCCCAAAACAGUCUUUCUAGCAUGUGUUUAAAACUGAUGCUUUCAAGACCUGCUGCAUUUGCACAGAUAUGGAAGUCAUGGUUCUCAAGCCAUUCUCUUGUUGGAAACAAAAAUAUUCUCUUGAUGGGACCUCCGGGUGCUGGGAAAACAACAAUCGGGAGAAUAGUAGGUCAGAAACUAGAUUGCCCUGUCAUAGACAUAGACGAUGAUGUCCUUGAAACAACCUGGAACAUGAGUGUGUCAGAAAAACUGCAGGAUGUUGGUAAUGAGCAAUUUUUAGAGGAGGAAGGAAAAGCCCUGUUGAAGUUUUCAGCAUCUGGAAGUGUCAUUUCCCUUACUGGGUCCAAUCCAAUGCAUGCUGCUGGCAUGCAGCAUAUGAAGAAAAAUGGAAUAGUUGUAUAUCUGGAUGUGCCCACAGCAGUCAUUAUGAGCAGGUUGAAAUCAAUGAAAGUGGAUCGCAUCGUGGGACAGUCUCCUGGUAUUUCUCUCAAGGACAUACUUCAGUUCAGGAAGCAGUUCUACAAAAGGUGGUAUGACAUCCGUGUUCUUUGUGGAGGGGAUAUUGCACCAGAGGUUGUAGCAGAAAGGGUACUUGAUGCUGUGAAGAGAUACCAAAACUCAGAACUGGAAACUUUCAUUUCAACUAGGUCUAGUAGGUCUGGAAGGAGUAUGGAAAAAGACUCUCACAAAUAUUUCAGUGAUGUUGUUACUGAGGGUUUAGCCCCUGAUGGAGGACUCUUUGUUCCUGAGAGAGGACUUCCAGAAUUCACUGCUGGAGAAUGGCAAAGCCUUAUAGAAGCAACUUACAUUGAAAGAGCCCAGGUGAUACUAGAAAGAUGCAUACAUCCUGCUGAUAUUCCUGCUUCUAAGCUGGCAGAAAUUAUUGGAACUGCUUAUGGAGAAAACUUUACUUGUUCUAAAAUAGCCCCAGUUAGGCAUCUGGUGGGCAAUCAGUUUCUCCUUGAGUUAUUUCAUGGACCAACAGCAUCAUUUAAAGAUUUUGCAUUACAGAUGGUGCCGCAUAUAUUUGCAUACUGCAUUCCCAGAAGCUGCAAUUACUUGGUUCUGGUAGCUACUUCUGGUGACACAGGGAGUGCUGUCCUAGAUGGCUUUAGUCGUCUCCAUGACACUGACAAACAGAGAAUUGCUGUGAUGAAUUUUUUUCCUGAGGAUGGAGUAAGCCCAAUUCAAAAAUCACAGAUGAUUGGCUGUCAGAAAGAAAAUGCCUGGUCAGUAGGCGUCAAAUCUGAUUUUGAUUUUUGCCAGACAGCUAUAAAGCAAAUCUUUACUAAUUCUGAUUAUACUGGCUUUCUUACAGUAGAAUAUGGAACAGCUUUAGCUGCGGCAAACUCCAUAAACUGGGCACGACUGCUUCCUCAGAUAGUUUAUCAUGCCUCUGCAUACCUUGAUCUUGUUCAUCAAGAUAUUAUUCCUUUUGGAAGCCCUGUAGAUGUUUGCAUUCCUACAGGAAACUUUGGCAACAUAUUAGCUGCUUUGUAUGCUAAAAUGAUGGGAAUUCCUAUUAGAAAAUGUAUUUGUGCUUCCAAUGAAAACAAUGUUUUGACUGACUUCAUAAGAACAGGUGUUUAUGAUUUGAGGGGAAGAAAAUUAAUUCCCACUUUUUCACCAGCAGUAGAUAUUUUGAAGUCCUCCAAUCUUGAGCGAUACUUGCACCUGAUUGCUAAUGAGGAUGGACAACUGGUGACACAAUUAUAUAACCAGCUGGAAAAUCAGGGCCACUUCCAGCUGCGGAAAGAUCUACUUGAAAAGCUUCAGCAGGACUUGGUGGCUGGAUGGUGCUCUGAGGAGGACUGUCUAGCUGCCAUUCACUCUGUGUACAGUACUACAGGAUAUAUUUUGGAUACACACACAGCUGUUGCUAAAGUAGUUGCAGAUAGAUUACAAGAUAGAACUUGCCCAAUUAUUAUUUCAUCCACAGCUCAUUAUUCUAAGUUUGCACCUGCUAUCUUGAGGGCCUUGAGGAUUGCAGAAAUAAAACAGAAUCCAUUAAGUCAGCUUCACUUGCUGAGUUCUUACAGCCCUCUGCCUCCAGUCCACUGGGGCCUGUUAGAGACCCUGAAAAGGAAAGGGAAUGAUGAUCACCAAGUCUGUGCUGCUGAUAUGAGUAUGCUGAUGUCCCGUAUAGAAACCUUAAUUCAAAAUCAUUUUAUGAAAGUUUUCUGAGCGACUGAUCAGAGGUCCACUGUGUCAAUUGAGAUGCCUUCAUAACAGGCUGCAUGCUUUAAUAAAGUCAUGAUUCGUCUGGCCUGUGUCCAGUCCACAGCAUAAUAUCCACAGUUUUAUACUCAAUUAUCAAGUUUUCAACAGUAUUUGUAAGUAACGUGCGUGAGAUUUCUAGUAGUGGUGAAAGGUUGUGAAUUGAGAGUAUAAAAGACUGGAAUACUUUUUUGCAGGUCAUAGAUAGUAGAGACAGCAGUAGUGCCGCCUUUCCUUGGCGGUGCCAUCUCCUUCACAAGCCUGAAGUGUUCUCCAUGGAAGGAGGAAGAUAAUGAAGUCUGACCUUUCUGAAACUAUUAGCUCUUGUUUUGCUGCAAGGAUGAUGUGAUCAUUUGGUCAGUGGGUGAUUAGUUAAACUUUAACUCUCUUCACUUAGAGCACUGAAACAUAAUAAGACAUUGUAAUGAUGUUAGUAUGUUACUAAUGAGGGUUGAUUUCACUACAAAGAUUCAAGUAUACUUGUAUUGUUAAUCAUUGAACCAUUCAAUUUGGUGUUAUCUUCUUGUAUAAUGUUUAUGUAUUGUGAGGCCAGCAUUUGUGUAAAAAAUCCGGUUAUUUUGUUUUUCAGGCAUUUUUUCCUCCUAGAUAUUUUCCUGUAUAAAAUAGAAUUCUUAAUUUGGUAUUUUUAAUAAUUUUUGAAAUGUGACUCUUCCUCCAGUGUGUUGUAGUCUUUUUCCUAUAUGUUUUCUAUUUAAACUUUCAACUUUAGAAUCCUUUUUAAAUGCUAUAGAAGAAUUUGCUAGUAGUAGCAGCAGUCUCCUUAAAUAUGAACCAGACCACCAUUUAUUUACAUUUAUUUCUUGCAUUCUAACUUUUUAGAAUAUAAGGUUUAUCUUAGAGGUCAUAUUGCUUUCUGGGUCUAAUUACUUCUGUUUUCAUGUUUUUCUUAAACUAAUUUCCUUUACAUUCUAUUCUGUUCCUACUUUGCAUGAAUUAAUAUAAGAAAGAAGCUUCACAAAGUGCUUGGCAUCUCAUCAAGGAGAGUGAAAGAUGAAUCCCAGUGUCUGGAAAAUGUGAUAGCAUCAGAGGUAUUCAUUAUUUAACCUAAAAUAGACCUAUGUUAGCAAUCUGCUUUUGCUAAUGACAGGCUCUUUAUUGUUUUUUUGCAUCAGAAAAAAAUAGAGCAGGUUGCCAUAGGAAAUCGUGUGAUUAUGGACAAAUUUAUUCUGCUAACUGUAAUUAUAUUUGGCAAGGGAGCAAAAUAUAACUACAUUUCACACUAAGAGAAAUGGUGUGCAGUUACAGGUAAAGAGCUAAGAGUCAUCAGAUGUGAGGAUGUAUAGGUAUGGGAGGUUGUGGUUCCCACCAAGAUUCAAACAGGGAAAGUAUUGGCAAGAGAGGUGGUAAUUGGUAAUAUUUUUUCCCUCUUUGAGAGGCAACAUCUCCUAGAUGUCAGGACUUAUUUGGAGCUUUGAACUGUUGCCAUAUCUCCCAGCUUCCUCUGUGUGUCUGCUUCUACGUUUUGCCACAUUAGAGGUGAAGAAGACACCAUCUAGCAAACUAUUUUAAAAAAUUUUUUCUUCUAGUGUAAGGUAAAAGACCCAAGCAUGAUGUGUGUUUGCCACAGUGAAUACAUUCUACAAUAGAAUUAAAUGUAGGUGAUGACAAAGGUGUAACACAAUAGCAUUUUUAGAUUCUGCCAUUCUUGGAUGCCUUUUUAGGACCUUUCUAGUUCUUUUCUCCGCUCAGUCCUCAUUCACUGUUUCUGCACUAACUUUGGAAAAUAAUAUUUUUAUUUUUGUUUUCACAGAAUCAUAUAACAGCCCAUGUUGUAAGGGAUGUCAAAACAUUUGGUCCAACCUUUUGUGUGAUAUUGAGCCUAGAUGAGAUUAUCUAGCACCCUGCCCAGUCACAUCUUAACAACCUCCAGCAACGGGGACUCUACCACAUCCCUGGGGAGGUUAUUCCAGCGAUUGAGUGUUCUCACUCUGAAAAAUUUCUUUCUUAUAUCCAGAUGAAACUUCUCGUGCAACUCGUACCUAUUUACCCUUUUUGUCUUCAUGUGACUCCUUGUGAAGAGAGAGCGUCCAUCCUCUUCUGGCAACCAUUUAAGUACUGGAAAACUGAUGAGGUGCCCUCUGAGGCCUCCUCUCCUCCAGGGUGAAAAGACCUAACUCGCUCAGCCAUUCCUCAUUGGGCAGAGGAAUUCUCAUCAUUUUCUACACACAACGUGAGAAAGACCAUAAAUAUGUAAUUAAAAAAAAUAGUCUAAGUUCUGUAAGAAAAAGUUGCAUAAUCAUAUUGCCAAAGGAGAAGCAUUAUUUGUGUAGCUGGUACAUACGCAUCCACCUUGUGUUUCUGUAUGUUUCUGAUUCUCGCAGUAGUUCCAAGUGGAAAAAAAAUACAUUGCUUUCUCUGGAUGUGCUCAGUACAAAAUCAGGAUUCCAAAUCUUAAAAAAAAACAAAACAAAAAAAACCAAAAAAACAAAACCACAAAAAAAUCCUAAAAAAAACAAACAACCCCAAAGAAACCCAACUGCCUGGAUUGAAUUACUGGAAUGGGAAUUGGUUUCAGCAUAAGGACUCUAGGGAAAUCCUGCAGUACCUGGGUCUGUAGGGCUUAAUGCCAUUUGACAUCAUAGGGCGAUUUGUCACACACUGUUACUUUAUAGAAAUGUCUACAAAGAAGAGCUUGUUUUCACAGAAAGUACCUAAAAGAAAAGCUGAGAUUGUAAACAAGAUCAGGUUGUAAGCCAACAUCCUACCUUGAGUUAUCUGAUUAUUAGAUAAAAGAGUCAGAACUAAACUAACAUAGAAUUUAUUUUGGUAUGACGCUCAAUAUUUCAAAGUUCAUGGCAGUAAGCUUGGUUUGAAGCAGGAAGUAUUAGUAAAAUUUGUAGUUACGAUUUCCAGUUGAUAUGAAUUGCAUAAGUAAAAAAAAAGAGCAGUAAUACUUAGUUAUGGGCUUUCAGUGUGGACUUAAGAUGUAUAAAGGCAGUGGUUAAAGAACAUAUAUGGUAUUAGUACAUUUCUCAGAAUGUCUAAAGGCUUUUACAAUACAGUAUUUACUUAUUUCUAAAAAAAAAAAGAAUUCAUUUUUGGACUUUCUUAUAACUUCAGUGAACUAUUUUUGUGCGCCACAUCUGCUUGUGGAUUCUAGUUAUGGGCGCUGUAAAAUGCCUGCAGUAGUGUUGUGAUCCUGAAUGUACACAGUAUUUGUGACCAAGUGCUGGUGCCCUGUUGUGGUAGCUGUAACGUACAAUCUUCUGGCUUGCCUUGUCCUGCUGGGCCUGGAGGGGUGAAACAGAAAAUAUGUCCAGUGUACUCGCUGUAGCUGGCUGCAGGGGGAUAGGCUAGUGAGGGAAGCAAUUCUUCCUCCUUCCCAGCCCAGGUUUUCUCAAUGUCAGUCAGCAAAAUACUGUGGUUCAGCAAACAUUGUGCUGCUGUUAUUGCACUUUUUUUCCCCCACUAUCAGUAUUAUGAAAGGUUCAAAGGGCAUUAAUGAUUAAGAGUGGACACAAGUGCUGUUUUUUUGUCUUUUGCAGAUGUGCACGCUGAUUGUUGUCAUGCAAUAUUUUCUAUUAACUUCUUCAGGCAAAAAUGCUGUGCUAAUGAUGCACAAAAGCAAAUCUACAUUGUGAUCAUUGGCAGGAUUCUUUAAGCCAUUUAGGCUUGGUGUAUACACAAUUUGCUCCUAUUUGCCUAAAAAUAGGAUGUCGCUGUCUAAAUCAACAUAAGCCAGGUUUACAGAGAGUGUGAGCAUGCAUAUAUACACAUUUCCUCUGGCUUUGUUGACCUGGAGUAAUAGCAUAGCUUUACUUAAGCUAUUAUUCUUCUUUAUAGAUAAAUCUUUGCUGAACACUGAUACAACAUGAAAAACCUAAGGACAAAGGUAAUGUCUACAUUUACACUUUAUUAGAAUAUUUAUACGGAAAACACUUUGUUUUGCUUACAGACUUACCGUCUGCUCAUUACUUGCCUUUAGUCACAGUCCUGCUUCUCAGGGUGACAGAGAGUGAUUUGAGGUAAAGGGUGAAUAGAGCAGUUAGGGAUGACUUCAAAAGACAGUUCUGUUUUAGUAUCUUAUGAUUUAGAAAGAAUUGCUAUUUAUGUUUUUGAGGUGAUGGAGUAUUUUAGCAGAUGGAACUCUAAACGGAGGAUUGUUUUUUCAAGAGGUCAACUUUGCUUUUCAAGGACAUCAAGAACACACAUUGUUAUUAAGUAUAUCAUGUUUGGCAUGCCUGAAAUAUGCAUUAGUGAUUUGUAUCCACUAUAUUUUUUCUAAAUAAAUACCGUGGGAUCCACUCUGUAGCACUUUCUUUGCAAAUAUGUUCUUAAAUCUUUAUCAACGUGAUAUAAAGAAAAUCCACUGAAAUAAUUGA